AUGAGCGACAACUCGGUCAAUGGGCCGAACCACGGCGAGAAAGAAGGGACGAAGAACGCCUUCGAGCCAUAUAGCAGUCAAUCAUUGAGAGAACUCCGCGGCGCCGUGUCCUGUGCCCCAGUUUUCGAUCUUGGGUCGGAGCAGAUCGCAAUGUCCAAGGGAAAGGCGGAUGCAUCCACUGAAACUUACCCGUCCGGAAAGCAGUCGCUCUCGGAUCUCAUACAAGCGAUCAAGACUGACCCAGAAAUUAAGCGACUCCUGAACGACGCUCUUGCAGAGAACAAGUCCCCUGCUACGAACGUCACUCCUGGAAGCCUUCCUGGACCGCCGGCAGAUUUUGCUCAGCAGGUCUCGACCACAGAGACCAGUGCGCCUGAAGGGUUCCUAUCUGGCGAAUCCGGUGCUUGUCAACAUGCUGCUUGCGCCCUCGACAACUGCGACACGUGCAAGUUUGCGAAUGGCACGAGUCGUCAAAAUGAGCACGCGGGAGACUGGCAAGAUGUGGCCGAAUCUGCAGCGACGCCGGUGGAAACCUGGACUCCCUACCAGCCAAUUGCACCUGCCUUCGACUCGUGGACCAGCCGCCUCAGUUGCCCAACGAAUCUGGUCGUUGUCAAGGACGUCAAAUACACGAUCCAUGAUACAAUCUUCGACACAAUGUUCCCUGCGUACACCAAAGCUACCAAGCUUGAUCGGCUGGAUGAUGGCAGCUUCCUUGUGUCUGGGAUCGAGAAUAAGAACUUUGCAAGCGCAUUGGAAUUCAUGUAUAGCCAAGAUAUGAAGCAUCUCCGAUGUAUCCCUGUCGAAGGCCAGCAUCAAAUCUUCGCAUUUGCCGCCGAAUGUGACAACAACUGUUUGCUGUCCAUGAUGAUGAUCAUUCUUGAGCUGGACUUCUCGACUCCAGGCUUCUCUCGUCGAGCUGCCAAGAUCUACCGGUCCUGGGGACCAAUGGAGGAGUUCCGGCAAUACUUUCGCCAGACUUUGAAGACUGAGCUCCAAAGUCGUCUGGACGAUGGCAUUUGUGAAGGCUUCCUCAAUGAAAUCCACUUUCAAUUCUCCGAUGCAGGACUUGCUCUCUUGGACGUGGCUCUGGUGCUCAAUUCACUCUGGACGACCGCAGAGCUGAAAGUCGAGCACGACUAUCCGGCUGAAGAUUGGGGUGAUGGAGAUCAUGGGCAAGAGGACGCUGAUAACCACGACAACGAGGACCAUACCUCCAGCACCUGUGGAGAGAACAUGAUUGGACCUGACUACAAUGACUCUUGGGGCGCUUGUCCACCCAGACCCUACCACUGGUCAAGCGGCUGGGAAACUUCAAGUCAAUCUGACGGCCACCCUCAGCCACCCUGCGUCGCUACUAAGUCCAAGUUGCACACCGCCAAAGCCCCUGCCCCGUCCAUCAUUGCGCCUCCAGCAAAUAUCGUUGCUGAAGCCCCUCAGCAGCGAAAUCCAUCCCCCGACUUUGCCAGCUGGGAAGAACCGAUCGCUCAGCCUUUACGCGAAGAAAUCAGCGAUUGGCCCAUCGACAAUACACAAGCUGAUUGGAAAGCAACUGCUCUGCAGAGUACCUCGGCCCUCGCUCGCUGUGUCCAUCAUCACCUCAAGCACAGAGACAUGGGGACAGCGACGACCGUGGCCGAGGACUUGGGCUGCACCAAGGACGAAGCCGACCGUGCUCUCCAAGAACUGAUGCUGGUAGGCGUCGUCAACAGCGUCUUCAGAUCUGGAGAGCCGAUGGGUUUCUGCGUGAAGCAAGAAAUGCCACAAAAGCCAGUCACCACAGCCUUGCCUGCCAACAACGUUGCUGAAACCGAAGAACAUGAAAGAACCAGAGCUGCGCCGCUUCCGCUGGAAACUACGACGGAUGAGACUCGCAGCGUCUAUCACUGGUUGAAGGGCGAGCAACAGGGUUGGCCGAAAGAAAAGUGGUUCAGCGCCGAGCACGUCUCAGACGGCAUCGGAUGUAGCUUCAGUAAGGCGAUAGUUGGCCUCCUCGAACUCCAGAUCACCGGCCGUGCUGCGGUCAGAAGAGGUGCAUGGGGAGUCCCCGAGUUUCGACUCUACAGCUCGGAGCUGGGUCACUAA